AAAAUGGUUUACUACCACACUUCAGGAAAUGUUAAAAUGCUGAGGAAUAUCAUUAUUGAUUACGGUGCUACGAACGAAGUGUCGCCGUACGAGUAUAUGAAAACUUAUAUCGAAAAAUGUCCCGAUACCAUCGAGGACUCGAAACUUUCCUGGAUUGCCGAGACAUUUUUAGGAAUUCAGAAACAUGGACAAUUCUUGAAAGAAAUUGCUUCGCACAUGUCUGAUGAGCUCACCGAAGAGGAUCAAGAUUAUUUCAUGGUUAUCCUCCACGCUCUAACAUUUCAGAUCACACCAAAGGACAUGCAAUUUCUUUACAAAUGCCUUUUCAAUUUAAGUAAGCCUCUUUUAAGUACAUUUACGAAGUUUUUGAGUAACAAUGAAGUACUAACAUUUGUGUCUCAAAUAGCUCAAGCUUAUUAUGACACUAAUUACACAACAGAGAAAAUAAUAAGUCCACUAUUUACUUGGCAACCUUAUAUUAGUGAAAUGGCCCAUAGCUAUGCAGAGUACGUAAAAAAGAUAGAAAGCCGAAAGCUGAAGCCUCCUACGGUACCAGUGCAGCUAAAUGUUUUAAAUAGAAAAACUAAAGAAGCACCGGUAUCUCCACCUCAAGUAUCUCUGCCAGUAACUCCACCUAAUUCAUUGCGUAUGAAAAAAAGAAUGCUUACAAAAAAUGUGAUUGAUCAAAGGCUGAAACACAGUCAUGAAAAAAAUCAACAAAAAGCCUCACAUUUAUUGAAUGACGUCAAAACUAAAAACUUUCAUUAUGCCCAGGUUAAAUCAGAAAGGUACUUCAAACGCCUGUCCAGUAUUAAAGAUGAAAUGGAAAUUGAAGCAACAAAGCCGUUUAAGCCGAAACCAACAUUUGCUAUGAAAACUUCUUUGCCACCAGUCAAAGAAACGGUAGCAAAUUUAAAAAGAACUAAUAAAAGAAUUCAAAUUGCACAAGAAGAAGAGGUGCAGUGGUUGCAAACUUUGAUGACAACAUGUAGAAAUACAGCUAAAAUUGAUGAAAUGGAAGAGUAUGAUCGCCAAGAAAGGGAAAGAGAAAGAUUACUUGAUAUAGAAAGGAAACAUUUGAUGGGUCAAAUUUCUUAUGAAGAAGCUGUUCUUUCCAAAAAGAAAUUACAUGAUGAAAACAAGAAAAAGUAUGAAGAAUUCAUAAAAGAGAAGGAGAUUUGGAAUCAGGAUAUCGAAAAAUGGAGAAAGUUGGAAAUGGAUAAAAAUAGAAAACAGGUAGAAAAAUUAUCUUUGAUAGAACUUAAUUUACUUCAAGCCAGACAUGGAGUUACUGCCAAGAAAAAAGAAAUUGCAGACAAAUUAAAAAAAGAGUCCGAAAUUAUGUUGGCUAAAGCUAUGAAAGAAAAACAAGAUGAGCUAGACCGUAGAGUCAUCAUGAUUAAGGAAAUAAAAAUACUUGCAAUGAUAGCUAAGAAAGCUAAAAUACCAAGAAUAAUAGAUUUAACUGAAACUUCUGGUAUUGGCUCACUAUGUGAAAUGUCUUUUGCUGAAUUGCAAGAAAGGUUAUCAGCUUUGAAAAUUGGCUUAAACGAAGAACUGGAGAAGAAACGUCAAAUGAUUAAAGAAGAGAAUAUCGCUGCAAAACAAGAAUUGCAACAAGCGAAGAAUUCUAUUAAAAAUUACAUGUCAGAGCGUGCAGUGAUGCGAAAACAAAAUAAAAAAUCUAAAAUGACUCUUGAAACAUCACCAUCAAAAGAAAUUAGUGAUUUGAAGAAAAUCUUAGAAGAGAAAAGGAAAUUGAGAAUUCAGUUGACCGGUUGAAAAUGUGCUUUGAAGU